UUCAUAACCUCACUGCCAAGCCCCGCUCUCCUCUCCUCCCUCCCAGCGGUCCUGCACGCGGAUGAUCGUCUAGUGAUCGGAUCAAUCGAUCGAUGAAGGUGCUCUGCUCUGCGUGCGAGGCCCCCGAGGCGCGCGUACUCUGCUGCGCCGACGAGGCCGCCCUCUGCGCGCGCUGCGACCGCGACGUGCACGACGCCAACCGCCUCGCCGGCAAGCACCACCGCCUGCCCCUCCUCUCCGCCGCCUCCAACCCGCCCGCCGUGUCCGCGCCAAACUGUGACAUAUGCCAGGAGGGCCACGCCUACUUCUUCUGCGUGGAGGACCGCGCGCUGCUCUGCCGGAGCUGCGACGUCGCCGUGCACACCGCCAACGCCUUCGUCUCCGCGCACCGGAGGUUCCUCCUCACCGGCGUCCAGGUCAGUCUCGAGCCCGACGAACAAGAAGAACCAGUGCCAGAGCCGGAGCCCGAGCCGCAACCGCCCAACAACGCCUCGUCGGCUCCCCUGCCACCGCCGAUGUGCCACAGGAAGAGGAGCCCGACGCCGCUCUACAGCGACGGAGAUAUCGACUGGGCGGCCGGCCCGGACGUCGGCAUCACCGGGAACUUGCCCGACUGGUCGGUCAUCGAUGAGCAGUUCGGCAGCGGUACCCCGGCGUUGAGGCCCGCGGAGCCGGAGGUAAUCAAAGCCCCUCCGAGGAAGAGUCCCCGGGUGGCCGUCACGGCGGCGAGCGCGGCACUUUUUGGCGGGAGCAUGCCGGACUGGCCGCUGGACGAGUUCUUCGGGUUCACCGAGUUCAACUCCGGCUUCGGAUUCGCAGAAAAUGGCACGUCCAAGGCCGACAGCGGGAAGCUCAGCUCGCCGAACCGCCGUUCGAUGUCGUCGUCCUCCUCCGGCAACGCCACCCAAAACGCGCAAGAUUUCUUCGGCCAGGUGCCGGAGGUCCACUGGUCGAGGUCGACCAUGCCGGAGCUCCCCUCCCCGCCCACGGCCUCAGGCCUCCACUGGCAGGGAGACCCGCACUACGGCCCUGCCUCCGACUCCGGGGCCGUGUUCGUGCCCGACAUCUGCUCCCCGGAGAACCCCUUCCGGUGCUUCACGGCCGGCGCCGAUCAGCAGCUCAAGCGCCGGCGGCGAUGCUAACAUGGCAACAGCGGAGACGCUCGCCGUCGGUCGAUCAGGUCGUGCCGGGACUAGAUUGCAGCUCGCGCGCCUGGAAGCUGAAACUAGCGUGCAGAAGAGAAGACUGAAGAAGGAGAUGGUUGCUACUAAUAGAUGGGCUAGUGGUUAGUAUGAUACUACGAUCCAUAUGCAUAUACCGCAGAUCUGCAGUAGCUCUGGGACUGAUUAGUUGUUAAUUACGGGGUCUGUUUGUGCAACGUUGCUUGUAAUUGUGAGUUUAGCUCGGGAUGUUAAACGAAAACAGUGGUAAAAACUAAGGAAGAAAAUAAAAAUAGUGAGAGUGCAAUGGAUGGCACUAGAAGUUUGGAACGGGCGAUUUCGCAGUGGAGUGUUUUCAGCUGGUCUGUUGGGCUGUCAGAAGGAUCAUUAUGUGAUGUAUGAUGUAUCAGCUCGAUCUGUAAACGCUGUACCUUCUGCUGACUUUGUUAACUGAGAGCGUUGAGUUCUGUUUUGCGAUAA